CCGGCAGCGCCGUUCCCCGCGGCCCCGCUCCGCCAUGGCCGGGCUGCCGGGGCCGGGCCGGGGCCGGGGGCGGCCGUUCCCCCGGGAGUGCUGCGAAGGGCUGGGCGGCCUCGAGUACGGGCAGGUGGAUGUGACAGUCAUGGCAUGGCUCUUCGGCUACGUGGAUGUGACUGACUCUGCCUUCAUUGUGGCCACCCUGUCCAUCGCCUUCAAUCCUCUCUUCUGGAACAUGGUAGCCAGAUGGGAGCACAACACACGAGCGCUCAGCCGAGUCUUUGGCUCUCCACACGCUGCCUGCUACUGCCUGGGUGCUGUUAUCCUGCUGCUUAACUGUGUGCGGAGCCAUUGCUUCACAGAAGCCAUGAAGAGCCAACCAAAGCUGGAGGGCUUGGACUGCCACUGGGCCUAUUACUUGGGCUUGGCCAUCUUGGCUGUAGGGACCUUGUUUGUCACCACCAGCUUCUUAGCACUGGGAUUCACUGGGACGUUCCUAGGUGAUUACUUUGGCAUCCUGAUGGAGGCAAAGGUGACCAGCUUCCCCUUCAGCGUCUUGGAUAACCCCAUGUACUGGGGCAGCACAGCCAUAUACCUGGGCUGGUCUCUCAUGCACGCAAGCCCAGCUGGCCUUUUGCUGACAGCAGUCGUGGCACUUUCCUACACCAUCGCCAUGCUGUAUGAGGGGCCUUUCACAGAGGAAAUAUAUUGGCAGAAACAGAAGGGAGCGAAGAGCAAGUAGCAAGAGCAGUGUCUCAGAUACCUCGCACAUCGUGCCUCUGCGGUCCCCAUGCUGGCCCAUUUGCCUGUUUUCCUACUGAGAUGUAUCCUAUAAUUAGCCCAGCAACCCUUAAUGAGCCAACUGAGCAUCCCGCGGGAUUGGAAGCAAGGGGAGGAACACGUCCUCGCUGCGGGAGCUGGAGGUCCCUGUCCCCAUUGCCGGGUCACUGUAGCUCAUGUCGUGAAGGUGGUACCAUGGCAAUGGGACCUCCCAACCUCUUCUGCACCAGUUACUGGAGAUCUGCAGGGGAAGAAGCAGUUCAGCACCAGCCGUGGACUGGAGGGCAAGAGGUGAUGGAGACACUGGGACCCUUUUGUAAGUAACCUCUGAGAGUGGAGAAGCACCAACUCCAGUGGGUCUGGAGAUCAUCUGAAGAUGCUGCUGAAGAGCCAGGGGAAGAGAAAGGCUCAGGUGAAGCGAUGGGAAGGGCUCAGGAGCUCCUGAGGUGUUCAGACACGGUUGGGGAAGGAAGAAAGGAAACUGCUGUAAACCCAGAACCUGCUGUGAACCCAACAACAAACCCUCUGUCUUCUGGCAGAGGGGAACUUCCCCAUCCAGAGCUGUUUCCCACCUGUAGCAUCUCCACACUAUGUGGAAAGGCUCCGAGCAUGGAGAAGGGAAGAACAACCUAAACCACCACCCAAGGGCAAUGAAGGGCUGGCAGCCAUCCAUGGGGAACCUGCAGCAUGGAGAAGACCAAAGGGAACAGUCAGUCCCCAUCUGCACCCCACAGAUAUCCCAUCCUUGGUUGUGUCCAUGCCCUGGCUCCUUCCUUUUCCCACAUGAGGGUCCUGCCUUGCCUUCCCCACCACCCAGUGCCUUCCAGCUGUUUCCCACUGCCCUGCAGGAGCAGUGGAUGGGAGGAAGGGAGGGAAAGGGCUGCUUCUGCCUUCGGUGCUGCACAGCAGCCAGGUAUAGAUCUGCCCUUCCACCCCUACCACCAGCCUCUGCAAGUCCCAAAGAGCCCAGGGCUGGAUGCUGCCCUGAAUGCAUGCAUCCCAGGGGUGAUGCUCCAGACCCUCAGGCUCACUGUUUACAGAUUCCCAGAACAGUUGGAGAAAUAAGCUGUAAAUGACCAAAAAAGAGGCAGUGUGAAACCGGCUCUCUGGGAUGCGGUGCUGCAUCUCAGCACCGG